UAAUCUCAGUCUUCUUCUUACUCUUUCAAAUGGAGCAAGUCUAAUCUCACUCUUCUUCUUGCUCUAUCGAUCCUCUACUCUACCAAAUAUAGCAAGUCUACAAAUCACACCAUUAUACCAACAAUGUGCGAGGGGUGUCCCCAUCACGUGCCGGUGCCUCCUUCUUGCCCUUUCCUACAGAGUCUAGGAGCCAACUUGAAGGAGAUUUUUUUUCCCGACGACCCAUUGAGGCAAUUCAAGGGAGAGAGUGGUUCUCGGAGGUUUAUACUCUUCCUGCGGUACAUCUUACCCAUCCUCAACUGGGCUCCUUCCUAUAACUUGAAACUGUUUAAGGCUGAUCUUGUUUCUGGGAUCACGAUAGCGAGCUUGGCUAUCCCGGAGGGUAUUAGUUAUGCUAGGCUGGCCGGCUUGCCUCCUAUUUGGUUUUUAUAUUCGAGCUUCGUGCCACCAAUGGUGUACGCUAUAAUGGGGAGCUCAAAGGAUGUGGCGAUUGGUACCGGACCAGUUCCCUCGCUUUUGCUAGCAACAAUGCUUGGAAAGGAGGUUUCUCCCGUCAAAGAGCCGGCUCUCUACUUAAGCUUGGCCAUCACCGCUACCUUCUUUGCCGGGGUCUUUCAAAUGGCGUUAGGCGUCUUGAGGUUAGGGUUCGUGGUGGAUUUCCUAUCACAUGCGACAAUAGUGGGGUUCAUUGGAGGAGCAGCCACAGUGGUUUGCCUUCGCCAGCUCAAGGGCAUUCUUGGACUCGAACACUUCACUAAAGAGACCGACCUUGUCUCUGUUAUGAAAUCAGUCUUCAGCCGCACCCACGAGUGGAGAUGGGAGAGUGCAAUUUUUGGAUGUGGUUUCCUCGUCCUUCUCCUCAGUGCACGCUAUUUUAGCAAGAGAAGGCCCAAGUUCUUCUGGGUUUCUGCAGCAGCUCCGUUGACCUGUGUAAUUUUAGGCAGCAUCUUGGUUUACCUCACUCAUGUAGAAAACCACGGUGUUCAAGUGAUAGGACGCCUACAGAAAGGGCUGAAUCCACCCUCUUUGACAAGCUUGACCUUGUCUCCUCCAUACAUGAUUGUUGCUCUCAAGGCUGGCAUUGUAACUGGUAUAAUAGCUCUUGCUGAAGGAAUUGCAAUAGGAAGGAGUUUUGCCAUGAUCAAGAACUACAACAAUGAUGGCAACAAAGAGAUGAUUGCAUUUGGGAUGAUGAACAUUGCUGGAUCUUUAACAUCUUGCUACCUAACCAGCGGUUCACUAUCAAGAACGGCAGUGAACUACAACGCAGGAUGCAAAACAGCAAUAUCAAACGUGGUGAUGGCUACUACAAUGAUGAUCACAUUGUUAUUAUUGACGCCGCUAUUCUAUUAUAUGCCUUUAGUAGCCCUUGCUGCCAUUAUUAUCUCUGCGAUGCUCAGUCUCAUUGAUUAUCGAGCAGCAUUCCAUCUAUGGAACAUCGAUAAGAUGGACUUCUUUGUGUGCGUUGCGGCGUUCCUUGGUGUAGUCUUUGGCAGUGUUGAAAUCGGACUUGUUCUAGCGGUUGCAAUCUCCGUACUCAGGAUUUUGUUAUUCGUCGCGAGGCCUAGAAUCACCGCAGUAGGGAACAUACCGAACUCGGCAACCUAUAGAAGGGUGGAUCAAUAUCCGAUGGCCCAGACCGUGCCUGGAGUGUUAAUUCUUCAGAUUGACGCUCCAAUAUACUUCUCCAAUGCUGGUUACUUGAGAGAGAGGAUAUGGCGGUGGAUGGAAGAGGAGGGAAACAAACUGGGAGUAAAAGGGGAGAGUAGUAGCUUGCAAUAUGUCAUUCUAGAUAUGGGUGCUGUGGCUAGCAUCGACACAAGCGGAAUUAGCAUGCUUGAUGAAGUGAAGAAGAUUUUUGACAGAAGAGGGCUUCAGCUUGUGUUGGCUAACCCCGGAAGCGAAUUGAUGAAGAAGCUGGACAAAUCCAAAAUCCUUGAGAAAAUUGGCCACGAAUGGAUAUUUCUUACAGUAGCUGAGGCUGUGAGCGCGUGUAGCUUCUUGAUCGAAACGUGCAAGCCAGAAGUCUUAGUUACUGAAAACAACGUCUAAGACGAUCAUAAAUUUAGGACUGUUAAGCUGCAUUAAUUUGCUCUUUUUUUGGUUGUUGGCAAAGUAUAUAGCCAACCUAGUUUAGUAGUGGCUAAUGCAUGCAUUUGGGGGAAGAAUACUGUAAUUGUACGUAUUCUUAUGCUAUUUAACAGUUGUUGGCAAAGUA